CUAAUCAUUUGUUGACAUAUGUUACUACACACUUGUCAACUGCUUGUCAGCAAUUGAUAACAUGUUGCAAAAAGUUACAGUAUAUCUUUAUAACUUUUUGAUCCACAGUGGGAAGUAUCCACUAUUGCGUAAUACAUAUAUAUCUAACCUAAAAGUAGGUUAAGUGAUACUGUAAAGUUUAAUUUUAAAUAAACAAUGUCUCAAUUUAAGCCGGUCACUCAUGUCCUGUUUGAUAUGGACGGUCUAAUAUUAAAUACCGAAGAUUUAUAUACAAUAGGGUUUCAAAAAGUGGCAUCUCGCUUCGGCAAAGAGUUUACAUUUGCACUGAAGACUAAAAUAACAGGAUCGCAUAGUAGAGAGUUUUCUGCGACGAUAAUAAAUGAUCUCGAGUUGCCAAUGACUAUAGAAGAGUUUAUGGAGGAGACUAGACAAAUCUUCAAUGACCUGUUUCCGCAGAGCAGUAUUCUGCCCGGGGUUUCUAAACUAAUACGCCAUCUUCACGACCACAACAUUCCAAUCGGGUUAGCGACGAGCAGCAGUAAAGAGUCGUACGAUCUAAAAACGCGCAAUCAUCAACAGCUCUUCGAUCUAAUCCCUUACAAGACGUGGGGCACCUCGGAUCCGGAAGUGAAGAGGGGCAAACCGCAUCCUGAUAUAUUUUUUGUCGCCGCAAGCAAAUAUCCUGAUAAGCCUGAACCAGAAAAGUGCCUUGUGUUUGAAGAUUCCUUAAAUGGCGUCAGGGCAGCGCGUGCGGCGGGGAUGCAAGUCGUAAUGGUGCCGGAUCCGAGAUUAGAUCGAUCACUUACUCAAGAAGCUACCCUUGUUCUUAAUUCUAUGGAAGAAUUCAAACCCGAAGAUUUUGGUUUGCCGCCUUAUACCGAGUGAUAUAUUUAUCAAUUAGGGGGAAUAUGUGUACAGUGGCGCAACUACAUUGUAAUGGGCUUAUGGCAAAUUAAUGGAAUAGGGAAUUCAUAACGGCGACUUUUUUUCAGGUCCCAAUAUACAAAAACAUUGAAAUAAAACACUAUUUACGGAUUUUA